UUUGCCCUCCCGCUUCCCUCCUCCUCCUCGCUCAUGUCCAUUCCAAGAUGGCUGGGAUCCCUUUGUAUUUUGUGGAUUUGCAGGAUGACUUAGAUGAUUUUGGUUUUGAAGAUUAUGGACCAGACUGUGACAGCAUGAGGCUAACAGCAUUCUUGGAUAUUCCUGGACAGGAUAACUUAACUCCCCUGGCUCGUCUAGAAAAAUAUGCCUUCAGUGAUAACAUAUUUAACAGGCAAAUUAUUGCCAGAGGUCUUUUGGAUGUCUUUCGGGAUUUCAGUAAUAAUGAAGAAGACUUUCUGACUGUAAUGGAAAUAGUGGUCAGGCUCUCUGAAGAUGCAGAACCAACUGUGCGUACAGAACUGAUGGAACAGAUACCUCCUAUUGCUGUGUUUCUGCAAGAAAGUCGACCAAAAUUCCCAACAGCAUUUUUUGAAUACCUUGUGCCCAUAGUAGUGAGAUACCUCACAGAUGUUAACAAUCAGGUUAGAAAGGCAGGUCAAGAAGCAUUGCUUAUACUGCUAGAACAAGAUCUCAUUUCUCAGAGUGACAUUGAAAAUAAGGUGUGUCCAAUUCUGUUGGAUCUCUCUGCUCCAGACAGUGACGACGAAUACAAGGUGGAAGCUGUGAAUAUAAUCUGUAAAAUGGCUUCGAUGUUGAGCCGAGCAACAGUUGAACACAUGCUACUUCCUCGUUUCUGUGAACUGUGCAGUGAUGGGAAAUUAUUUCAAGUCCGAAAGAUUUGUGCAGCUAAUUUUGGGGACAUUUGUAAUGCAGUUGGGCAAGAAGCCACAGAAAGACUGCUGAUUCCCAAGUUCUUUGAACUUUGUUCUGAUAGUGUUUGGGGAAUGAGAAAAGCUUGUGCUGAGUGCUUUAUGGCAGUGUCUUACACCACAUCUCCAGAAGUUCGCAGAAGCAAACUGUCCCCACUGUUCAUAAGUCUUAUUAGUGACAGUUGCAGAUGGGUUCGUCAGGCUGCUUUUCAGUCUCUUGGCCCAUUUAUUUCUACCUUUGCAAACCCUUCGAGUGCUGGUCUUUACAUUCGAGAAGAUGGGACACUGAGUAUCCGGCCAUCAGUGCAAGAUGUGAAUUCCAAUUCCUGUCAGCCAAGCAACAAUAUGACUUUAAUCUCCUCCAGUACAAACGCUACAUUGUCCUGUUCAGAACAACCGAUGGAAAUCAAACCAGAAUCAUCAACUGAGGAAACUUCAGCUGAGGUUAAUGCAAACCUUUUAGUUGAGAACCUAAAUAAAGAUACAGGGGAAGAAAGUGCGGUUUGCUGUAUCAGUCCUGGAGAAGAUGCAUCUCAGUUGUCUCAGGGUGACGAAGUUGCUGCUGGUGUCACAGAACUCGCUAAGGAUAGCAAUUUUCCUGGAACAAACUCAAAGCUACAGCCUGCUGAGGACUUAUUUAAUACUUUUCUGUAUUGGCGCCCUCCUCUGCCUGACAUAAGUCAGGAUCUGGAGUUGCUUCAGUUCAAGACUGAAAAGCACAAAGAUAGCUGCUCUGUGCCAUGCAAUAAUUGUGUUGCCAGUAGUGAAAUAAAAAAAGUUCUAGAAAGCUUACAGGAGCACAUAGAUGAUCCAGAUGUUCAAGCUCAGGUCCAAGUGUUGUCUGCUGCUCUCAGAGCUGCUCAGUUUGAUUCUGUUGGUGACUGUGAGACUAAAAAGCUGGAAGAAAGCAGUGGCAAACUUCAGAACAAAACUACUUCAGAUGAAGCAGCUGUGUCAGAUGCUACUUGUGAACAAGUGGAAGACGAGAAUCAUUCACCCCCUGCAUCCCAGGAUAACAUCAGUGACCAGUCUACCACCAGUACACUGAAAAGCACAGACUCAGAGGAACAACACAGAGGAACCAAUGUGUUCUUGAAGAAGGAACAAGGAAAUAAUCCAUCAUUUGAAGAUGACAAGUCAAAAUUACAGGAUAUCAUACCCCAACCUUUAUUAGAUCAGUACCUGUCAAUGACUGACCCGGCUCGAGCCCAGACUGUGGACACUGAAAUAGCCAAGCACUGUGCCUACAGUCUUCCUGGGGUGGCCCUCACGCUGGGCAGGCAGAACUGGCACUGCCUGAAAGACACAUAUGAGACACUGGCCUCAGAUGUACAGUGGAAGGUACGUCGGACGCUGGCUUUCUCCAUACAUGAGCUAGCUGUGAUUCUGGGGGAUCAGCUAACAGCUGCUGAUCUGGUGCCCAUUUUCAAUGGAUUCUUGAAAGAUCUAGAUGAAGUGCGUAUUGGUGUCCUUAAACAUCUGUAUGACUUUCUGAAGUUACUUCAUGCAGACAAAAGGCGAGAAUAUCUUUACCAGCUUCAAGAAUUUGUGGUGACUGAUAACAGCAGGAACUGGAGGUUUCGUUACGAGCUGGCAGAGCAGCUGAUCCUGAUACUGGAACUCUAUAAUCCCAAUGAUGUCUAUGACUACUUAAGACACAUUGCACUAACUCUCUGCUCUGAUAAAGUUUCUGAAGUUCGGUGGAUCUCCUUCAAACUGGUUGUAGCAAUACUGCAGAAGUUCUAUGCAAACAACGCAAAUGCCCUGGGAUUAAAUUUUAUUAACGAACUUGUAGUGCGGUUUCGUCACUGCUCCAAGUGGGUUGGAAGACAAGCUUUUGCCUUCAUUUGUCAGGCUGUAGUAGAAGAGGAAUGUAUGCCUGUUGACCAGUUUGUAGAACACUUACUUCCCAGCCUUCUGAGUCUUGCUUCAGAUCCUGUGCCAAACGUAAGGGUUCUGCUGGCCAAGGCUCUACGGCAGACCUUACUGGAAAAAGCUUAUUUUAAAAGUGUUGGCAAUCCUCAUCUAGAAGCUGUAGAAGAGACCAUUCUAGCCCUGCAGUCUGACAGAGAUCAAGAUGUGUCCUUCUUUGCCACCAUAAAACUAAACCAGGGUAACAUGGACAAUACUGCCAUUGACAAACAAAACUAACGUGCGCUUCUGCAGUAAAUGCGACGUCAGAAUGGUUAUUCACUGUAUGUUUGGGGUUAGUAUGAAUAAUGUGGACAAAUAGGAAGGGUUUUGUUACCUGCCUGAGCUGGCAAAGGUCUCUUGAGAAAUGUUAAUGAUCUUUAUUUCAGGACCUCAUUUCAUCUACAGCUGUGCUUGUCUGAUGUGUCUGAGUAAUUCCUUUGGGUUUUUCUGUUAUAAAUGUAUGUGGUAACUCCAGUCUCGCACGCAAUUGUGUGUAAAAUCUUACACCAUACUCAGUGUUUGUGUAGUUGAACUUCAUAUUUCAUUUUGUUAAAAAAAAUUUCCAAUAGCAGAACAGUUUGCUAUAAGCUUAAAAUGGUCUCCAGAACUUAAAAUCUGAUUAGAGCAAACUUGAAUGGAUAUUCUUUCCUCACUUCUAUGGCAGGUUUUGUACUGAUUCAAGUAUUGCAUUUUAACUGGAAAAUGUGUAGUAUGUGAAUAGUUUUGACUUUUAACAAAAAACAACGAAGAACUUAAUUCUCUAUCAGUAGCAAAAAGCUUUCAUUUUGUAAAGUAGUUUGCUAGAAUUAAGACAUGGUUCAUUUUUAAUAUAAUGUGAUGUUUCUCAAAGCACAGAGUGCUCAAGAUUCUUUGUAUAUUGUGACUUUUCUUUUAAUUUGGUAUUUCUGAGCUGUAUCCUCACAGGUGUUAACAUGUCUGGUUUUGUUACUGCUGGCUUGCCUAGUGGUAGGUAGACUGUAAAGUUCCCAAACUGAAAAUUACUCCUCCUGCCCUAGAGAAGUUCACUUCUUUUAAGAAACUGAGUUCCUGCAAUAGGUGCUGUAUCUGCAGAAAGGUACUAAAUAGUUUUGUAGACUGAAGUUUGUGUUUUGUUUGAUUUCCAUACAUACCUCAUGGAAAACCCACCUUUUAACUGGUCCAGCAUUCAAAUCCCAAGCAGCCUAUUGCUUUGUUCCUAAGAAACAAAGGACCUCUAAAAUAUGAAAAACCCCAAAUAAUAAAUUCUGAGGGGAAGGGUCGUGAUGCAAUUUACCCUAACUUUUGUUGAUUGUAUGGUAAGGUUAGAGGCAAGGUUGGGGUCACUGAGAUCCUUAAGCAGGAUGUCUUCUGUGUUUCAGAAGAAAGUAAGACGUACAGUUAGAACAAAGCACUGUUAAUAGACUCCGAUGGCUUCUGAUCAGUUUCAAAUCUAUAAAGCUAAUACUUUUUGGUCUUCUGUUGUGUCCUAAAUCUGCAGAUCAUGUGGGGCUUGGGGGGAAAAAAAAAAGUCUUUUUAAGACUGUGGAUUGGAACUUUAUCCUGUUCAAAAAACAAUGCUUAAAUACUAGAGGAAUGGUUUUAGUGGUAACAGUUACUUCUCUCUGUGCACAGUUCUUCAUCAUAAAUAGCCUUGUGUAAAUAUUUCCCCUCACUUCACUGUGAUGCUAGUGAGUAGUUCACGUGGGUGAAAGUUUUUACAUUAAUGUCUUUUUUGUUUUAAAUCUGCCUUGUCUGCAAUACAGCAAGUGGGUCCCUCAGCUGGGGUCAGUAUUUCUGGAGGGCUCAGUUUUCUGUAAGUUUAACUAGUCUUGUAUUAUAAUCUGUACAGUAUUUGUAACAAGUUGUUUUCUUCAGGUCACAAUGUUCUUUGUAAAUUGCAGGCAGAAAUGGGUCAUUGCUAUCAAUUCUGCAACACUAGGUUUAAUUUUUUACAAUUUUUUUAUAAUUUAAAACAAGUGCUUCAGUACAGACUUUUUAUGAUUGCAAUUUCUUAACAAAAAGGUCCCUCAAGUUAAUUUUUUUCUAGUUCUUAUAUCUUUUUCUAAUGCUGGCAUUAUAC